AUGGCUCCCAAAAGUAUGAGACUGAUCUACUUUGAUGCCAGAGGCAAAGCAGAAAUAUCUCGUUUAGUUCUGGCUGCAGCAGGGCAGACGUAUGAAGACGUUAGACUUACAAAGGAACAGUGGCCUGCAGAAAAACCGAACACGCCAUUUCUACAACUUCCAGUUCUUGAAAUUGAUGGUAAAAGAUAUGGCCAGAGUAUUGCCAUAGCAACAUACCUUGCCAGGGAGUUUGGUUUCUGUGGAAAGAGCAACAUCGAAGAGCUUCAGAUCAAUCAAGCAAUUCAGCUAGCAGUUGAUUUAAUGAACACUGGAUCUAAAGCUUUCUAUGAAAGUGAUCCAGCAAAGAAGUUCCCUAAAUAUUUCCAGUUCUUUGAGAAACUGCUGAAGGAAUCUGGCACCGGGUUUGUUGUUGGAAAUUCAUUAACAUUGGCUGACAUAGUCUUCUAUGACUUGGUCUUCAACUAUAUCUCACGUAAGGUUGCCUCCAUUGAGGGCUACCCCUUGCUGCAAGCUCUCAGCAAGACAGUAGAAAGCAAUGAGAAGAUCAAAGCUUAUUUGGCAGCAAGAAAGCCAACAGAGUUCUAG